AGACCGUUUCUAUGACUUCGGCUGCUUCUGCUGCCAAGGUUGCUACUGCUAAUGCCGACGUUGGGGAGGGUGAAGAGCAAGUUGUCGAGUCGCAAUUGACAACCAUCACUGUUCUGGACCGCCGUCUUUCCGAUGACUCCGGAAUCCACCUCGACUCCAUUGAGUCCGCGACGGUCAAAAGUGACAUCGAACUCGAUGUCAAGGUUUCCGUCUCCCAGACUGCCAGUGAGGCCUGCGAGCAGGCGACGAGGCUCACGGAGGAGGUGGCAGAGCCCGAACCUGAUAUGGAGGCCUUGCUGGCAAAAUUGGAGGCGGAGAACCAGAGAAUUGAGGUCAUCGGCUCUGUCCUCAACAAAGCCAGCGCAAUGAAUGCGCAGCUGGAGACCACGACCAAGAUUUCUAAGCGGAACAGUGUUUUUGGUUGGUGAACAACCGUGAUUUCAACGUCAGGUAAGUGUCGCAUACGCUUUCGUUGGUGAUCCUCUAACAACUCUUCUAGAGAAAACUACAAAAUCACAAAAAAAAGGGAAAAAGACUUUCCGAGUCACGAAAACCGUUCAAAAAAUCUGCUUUCGGCGUUAGGGGCGUUCUGGUAUGUUUCUUCUUUUUCGAUUUUCAUGACAGCGUUCUGUGUUUACUGCUGAAAACACGAUCGAUUCAACUCGAUCAACGCAGAACAGUAGACCUGUAGACUUGUAGACUCGUAAGCUCUAGGAUAGUCUAGUCAAUAGAAUGGCAUUAGGCCC